UAGCCAUGGUUGACAAGAGCGAGGUGGUUCAGAAGGAGCUGGUCCAGAAGGCCAAGCUGGCGGAGCAGGCCGAGCGCUACGAUGACAUGGCGGCCUCCAUGAAGGCUGUAACGGAGGAGGGCACCCAGUUGUCCAAUGAGGAGCGGAACCUCCUCUCCGUGGCCUAUAAGAAUGUGGUGGGGGCCCGGCGCUCCUCCUGGAGGGUGGUGUCCAGCAUCGAGCAGAAGACUGAGGGUAGUGAGAAGAAGCAGGCCAUGGCCAAGGAGUACAGAGAGAAGAUAGAGAAGGAACUGAAGGAGAUCUGUAAUGAUGUGCUGGUAAGACUACUGUCUGUCUCUGUGUGGGGGUCUCUAUUUACAUUUACAUUUUAGUCAUUUAGCAGAUGCUCUUAUCCAGAGCGACUUACAGUUAGUGAAUACAUAUAUUUUUUUCAUAUUCUAUUCUAUGAGAAGCAUAGUCUGUCUCUGUGUGGGGGUCUCUGGCCAUUCGUGCUUUAUGUCCUCUGAUGCUACCCGUCUUUCACCCAGACCGUAGGAAGGAGGACUAGACUAUAGUUUCUACAGCUACUAAAUCCCCAUCAGAUAUGAUGCUUAGUGUUUUAGGUGGCUUGACCCAUAGUGAGCUUUCAUCCUUCAAAAUGCCAUAUCAUUUGCUAUCCAUCAACUGCUUGCUAUGUCAAUUUAUUGAGGAGGUGCUACAACUGGGGCUCUCCCCCAAACCUUGCCCCUCCCCUCCUCCUGUAAUCAUUGAGGUUUUCCUGCCUGGCCCUGGUCCAGUUCUGUCAGUAAUCAGAUGUCAGCCAGUACCCAGGACCUCAUUCAGCUCAUUAUUCCAUUCCUCAUCUCUGUCCCUUUGUAGAGACACUCUGAGAGGGACAAGUGUCUCAGGUGAGAGAGAUGCAUCCCCCUGGGUGCAUGUUUUGGUUGUUGCCCUAGCAUUGGGCCUUCCCCAAACUGUUGCCACAAAAUUGGAAGCACAGAAUCGCGUUUCCACUGCUCCAGAGUCCAAUGGUGGCGAGCUUUACACCACUCCAGCCGACGCUUGGCAUUCCGCAUGGUGAUCUUAGGCUUGUGUGCGGCUGCUCGGCCAUGGAAACCCAUUUCAUGAAGCUCCCGACCAACAGUUCUUGUGCUGACGUUGCUUCCAGAGGCAGUUUGGAAUUCAGUAGUGAGUGUUGCAACUGAGGACAGAUGAUUUUAACGCACUUCAGCACUCGGCGGUGCCGUUCUGUGAGCUUGUGUGGCCUACCACAAUGUUUGUCUAUGGAGAUUGCAUGGCUGUGUGCUCAAUUUUAUACACCCGACGGGUGUGGCUGAAAUAGCCGAAUCCACUAAUUUGAAGAGGUGUUCACAUACUUUUGUAUAUACAGUGGGGAGAACAAGUAUUUGAUACACUGCCGAUUUUGCAGGUUUUCCUACUUACAAAGCAUGUAGAGGUCUGUAAUCACAUUGUAUGAUUUUUAAGUAAUUAAUUUGCAUUUUAUUGCAUGACAUAAGUAUUUGAUCACCUACCAACCAGUAAGAAUUCCGGCUCUCACAGACCUGUUCGUUUUUCUUUAAGAAGCCCUCCUGUUCCCCACUCAUUACCUGUAUUAACUGCACCUGUUUGAACUCGUUACCUGUAUAAAAGACACCUGUCCACACACUCAAUCAAACAGACUCCAACCUCUCCAAAAUGGCCAAGACCAGAGAGCUGUGUAAGGACAUCAGGGAUAAAAUUGUAGACCUGCACAAGGCUGGGAUGGGCUACAGGACAAUAGGCAAGCAGCUUGGUGAGAAGGCAACAACUGUUGGCGCAAUUAUUAGAAAAUGGAAGAAGUUCAAAAUGAUGGUCAAUCACCCUCGGUCUGGGGCUCCAUGCAAGAUCUCCCCUCGUGGGGCAUCAAUGAUCAUGAGGAAGGUGAGGGAUCAGCCCAGAACUACACGGCAGGACCUGGUCAAUGACCUGAAGAGAGCUGGGACCACAGUCUCAAAGAAAACCAUUAGUAACACACUACGCCGUCAUGGAUUAAAAUCCUGUAGCGCACGCAAGGUCCCCCUGCUCAAGCCAGUGCAUGUCCAGGCCCGUCUGAAGUUUGCCAAUGACCAUCUGGAUGAUCCAGAGGAGGAAUGGGAGAAGGUCAUGUGGUCUGAUGAGACAAAAAUAGAGCUUUUUGGUCUAAACUCCACUCGCCGCGUUUGGAGGAAGAAGAAGGAUGAGUACAACCCCAAGAACACCAUCCCAACCGUGAAGAAUGGAGGUGGAAACAUCAUUCUUUGGGGAUGCUUUUCUGCCAAGGGGACAGGACGACUGCACCGUAUUGAGGGGAGGAUUGAUGGGCCCAUGUAUCGCGAGAUCUUGGCCAACAACCUCCUUCCCUCAGUAAAAGCAUUGAAGAUGGGUCGUGGCUGGGUCUUCCAGCAUGACAACGACCUGAAAUACACAGCCAGGGCAACUAAGGAGUGGCUCCGUAAGAAGCAUCUCAAGGUCCUGGAGUGGCCUAGCCAGUCUCCAGACCUGAACCCAAUAGAAAAUCUUUGGAGGGAGCUGAAAGUCCGUAUUGCCCAGCGACAGCCCCGAAACCUGAAGGAUCUGGAGAAGGUCUGUAUGGACGAGUGGGCCAAAAUCCCUGCAGCAGUGUGUGCAAACCUGGUCAAGACCUACAGGAAACGUAUGAUCUCUGUAAUUACAAACAAAGGUUUCUGUACCAAAUAUUAAGUUCUGCUUUUCUGAUGUAUCAAAUACUUAUGUCAUGCAAUAAAAUGCAAAUUAUUACUUUAAAAUCAUACAAUGUGAUUUUCUGGAUUUUUGUUUUAGAUUCCGUCUCUCACAGUUGAAGUGUACCUAUGAUAAAAAUUACAGACCUCUACAUGCUUUGUAAGUAGGAAAACCUGCAAAAUCGGCAGUGUAUCAAAUACUUGUUCUCCCCACUGUAUGUAAACGUAAUAUUUCAGUUAUUUAAAUUUUUAAUACGUUUACAAACAUUUCUAUACACCUGUUUUUGCAUUGUCAUUAUGGGGUAUUGUGUAUAGAUUGAUCAGGGGGAAAAAGCAAUUUAAGCAAUUUUUGAAUAAGCUGUAAUGUAACAAAAUGUGGAAAAAGUCAAGGGGUCUGAAUACACUGUAUGUAGAAUAUUGGCCUGUUGGAAACUACAACUCUACUACAUCACACGGCUGGAAACUACAACUCUCUACUACAUCACACGGCUGGAAACUACAACUCUCUACUACAUCACACGGCUGGAAACUACAACUCUCUACUACAUCACACGGCUGGAAACUACAACUCUCUACUACAUCACACGGCUGGAAACUACAACUCUCUACUACAUCACACGGCUGGAAACUACAACUCUCUACUACAUCACACGGCUGGAAACUACAACUCUCUACUACAUCACACGGCUUGAUCUGAUUUAUCUCUAGAGAAACUGGUGCUGGGGUCUGGACCUGUCUAUACACUGUUAGGUGAAACCUUGGUGCUGGGGUCUCUCUUACCCACUCGGUGGUCCCUGAUGAGGGAAUAUUCAAAUUCUUGACCAUUAUGAUUGAAAGCAAGUCAUUGAUUAUUUCCUGUCUGGAUAAGCCAGCCUACAGAGCCAAACCAUCAAUGUUGUCCGUCUUUGUACUAUUGGUCACCUUACCCAGGACUGGUACUAACAAUUCACAUGUAAAUAACUGAGUGUGGUGGCUGGGUGUUAUUUGCAUAUUUCUAACAAACUGUCUUCUGUCUCUCUCUCUCUACAGGGUCUUCUGGACAAGUUCCUCAUCCCCAAUGCUACUCCAGCCGAGAGCAAAGUCUUCUAUUUGAAGAUGAAAGGAGAUUACUACCGCUACUUAGCCGAGGUGGCUGUUGGAGAGGAGAAAGCCGGUAAGCCCUGUGCUAAGUCUCCUUUGUGCUAGCCAACCAGGUGUGUGUGUGUUUGGGAACAUGUAGUCAGGUGUGUAAUCCACACCUCUAGAGGUAGACGGGGCCAGGACCGGCUCCUGUUAACUAGGCACUACAGCAGGGGUUCCUAAACUUUUUUGGCCUGCAACCCCAUUUUGAUAUCAACCUUUUUUUGCGACUCCACCAUCUAAAAAAAAGUAGCGUAAUGGACAGCCAAUGUCUGCUUUUUUAUUGGGCUAUGACAGUCUGUUACAAAUCAGUCUGACAGUAUGUACCAAGGCGAUUUGUUUUAUUUCUGUUUUUAUCGCCAUCUCAUUUUAAAAUCACAGCUAGCGGUGUGGUUCAGAGGGCUGGUAACAGCUAGCGGUGUGGUUCAGAGGGCUGGUAACGGAUAGCGGUGUGGUUCAGAGGGCUGGUAACAGAUAGCGGAGUGGUUCAGAGGGCUGGUAACGGAUAGCGGAGUGGUUCAGAGGGCUGGUAACGGAUAGCGGAGUGGUUCAGAGGGCUGGUAACGGAUAGCGGAGUGGUUCAGAGGGCUGGUAACGGAUAGCGGAGUGGUUCAGAGGGCUGGUAACGGAUAGCGGAGUGGUUCAGAGGGCUGGUAACGGCCAGCGGUGUGGUUCAGAGGGCUGGUAACGGCCAGCGGUGUGGUUCAGAGGGCUGGUAACGGCUAGCGGAGUGGUUCAAAGGGCUGGUAACGGCCAGCGGUGUGGUUCAGAGGGCUGGUAACGGCCAGCGGUGUGGUUCAGAGGGCUGGUAACGGCCAGCGGUGUGGUUCAGAGGGCUGGUAACAGCUAGCGGUGUGGUUCAGAGGGCUGGUAACAGCUAGCGGAGUGGUUCAGAGGGCUGGUAACAGCUAGCGGUGUGGUUCAGAGGGCUGGUAACAGCUAGCGGUGUGGUUCAGAGGGCUGGUAACAGCUAGCGGAGUGGUUCAGAGGGCUGGUAACAAUGUUUGGUUUGUUAAAUGUGAUCUGCAUCUCCAGCGCGUGUAAUGUCUGUUUUUAUAGUUUACUCUGUUUGCUACUGGAGUAGUCUUUCUCCCUCCCCUCCUGGUGCAUGCUGCUAACCACACCAAGCCCUGCCCCCUGUCACGCCAAGCCCUGCCCCCUGUCACGCCAAGCCCUGCCCCCUGUCACGCCAAGCCCUGCCCCCUGUCACGCCAAGCCCUGCCCCCUGUCACGCCAAGCCCUGCCCCCUGUCACGCCAAGGCCCUGCCCCCCCCCCCUGCCCCUUUCACCACACCACUAGAGAGAGAUGGUAGCAGACACUACCAUAGAGGAGCUGGUAGCAGAACCUAACCAGAGAGAGAUGGUAGCAGACACUACCAGAGAGAGAUGGUAGCAGACACUACCAGAGAGAGAUGGUAGCAGACACUACCAGAGAGAGAUGGUAGCAGACACUACCAGAGAGAGAUGGUAGCAGACACUACCGAGAGAGAUGGUGCAGACCACUACCAGAGAGAGAUGGUAGCAGACACUACCAGAGAGAGAUGGUAGCAGACACUACCAGAGAGAGAUGGUAGCAGACACUACCAGAGAGAGAUGGUAGCAGACACUACCAGAGAGAGAUGGUAGCAGACACUACCAGAGAGAGAUGGUAGCAGACACUACCAGAGAGCGAUGGUAGCAGACACUACUAGAGAGAGAGGGUAGCAGACACUACCAGAGAGCGAUGGUAGCAGACACUACCAGAGAGAGAUGGUAGCAGACACUACCAGAGAGCGAUGGUAGCAGACACUACCAGAGAGCGAUGGUAGCAGACACUACCAGAGAGAGAUGGUAGCAGACACUACCAGAGAGAGAUGGUAGCACACACUACCAGAGAGAGAUGGUAGCACACACUACCAGAGAGCGAUGGUAGCACACACUACCAGAGAGAGAUGGUAGCAGACACUACCAGAGAGAGAUGGUAGCACACACUACCAGAGAGAGAUGGUAGCAGACACUACCAGAGAGCGAUGGUAGCACACACUACCAGAGAGAGAUGGUAGCAGACACUACCAGAGAGAGAUGGUAGCAGACACUACCAGAGAGAGAUGGUAGCAGACACUACCAGAGAGAGAUGGUAGCAGACACUACCAGAGAGAGAUGGUAGCAGACACUACUAGAGAGAGAGGGUAGCACACACUACCAGAGAGCGAUGGUAGCACACACUACCAGAGAGAGAUGGUAGCAGACACUACCAGAGAGAGAUGGUAGCAGACACUACCAGAGAGCGAUGGUAGCACACACUACCAGAGAGAGAUGGUAGCAGACACUACCAGAGAGAGAUGGUAGCAGACACUACCAGAGAGAGAUGGUAGCAGACACUACCAGAGAGCGAUGGUAGCACACACUACCAGAGAGAGAUGGUAGCAGACACUACCAGAGAGAGAUGGUAGCAGACACUACCAGAGAGAGGGUAGAGAUGGUAUUAGACACUACUAGAGUGAGAUGGUAGCAGACACUACCAGAGCGAGAUGGUAGCACACACUACUAGAGAGAAAGAGAGAGGGAGAGAGAAGGGUAUGACCUGUUUCCUUUGUGCUGCAGCAGUAGAGCUGUGUCCUGGUUGAUCCAGGAUGGUUGUCUGCUCUGAUCCAGGGCUUUAGGUCUUCUAUAAACAUUACUACAUGGUGUGCCACACCCAAGAACAUAGGGCUGACUCACUGACUUUACUGCUACGUAGGGUACCACGCCCAUGAAACUGACCUCAUUCGGCCCACUCAUACAUAGUCCUAGUGUUAUUCAUAGGAGUCAUAGUUUGUGGACAGCCAGAUAUUCUGAAUGAAGGGCACGCUGAGGCUAGUUCUAGUCACAGACGGAACCUGUGAGGGAGGCCAGUAGAGGCUAGUUCUAGUCACAGACGGAACCUGUGAGGGAGGCCAGUAGAGGCUAGUUCUAGUCACUGAAGGAAGCUGUGAGGGAGGCCAGUAGAGGCUAGUUCUAGUCACAGACGGAACCUGUGAGGGAGGCCAGUAGAGGCUAGUUCUAGUCACUGAAGGAAGCUGUGAGGGAGGCCAGUAGAGGCUAGUUCUAGUCACUGAAGGAACCUGUGAGGGAGUCCAGUAGAGGCUAGUUCUAGUCACUGAAGGAACCUGUGAGGGAAGCUAGUCAGAGAGAGAAUGUGUGAACAGGAAGUUACAGCAGGGCGCGGUUCCUCUUAGUGUCAGUCUGUUGUGUUGCGCUGCACAGAGGAAGACGUCAUCUAGUCUACACACCUCUCUGUUACUAGCAGAGGAAAUAUACCAACUUAAUGCUCCUCAUAGACCUAAGGCCCCGUACACCCUCACCACUACAAGGCCCCGUACACCCUCACCACUACAAGGCCCCGUACACCCUCACCACUACAAGGCCCCGUACACCCUCACCACUACAAGGCCCCGUACACCCUCACCACUACAAGGCCCCGUACACCCUCACCACUACAAGGCCCCGUACACCCUCACCACUACAAGGCCCCGUACACCCUCACCACUACAAGGCCCCGUACACCCUCACCACUACAAGGCCCCGUACACCCUCACCACUACAAGGCCCCGUACACCCUCGCCACUACAAGGCCCCGUACACCCUCACCACUACCAGGCCCCGUACACCCUCACCACUACAAGGCCCCGGUACACCCUCACCACUACAACCAUUGUGAUACCGUUAUCACUUUGACUCAUUGACUACAACCGUAACUUCCAGACCACAACAUGCCUAGAUUUGGUUGCUCUUAGUUUUUCAAGUUGUAUUUUUUGGGUUAGUAUUUCUGGUCUUAAAGACAGAACACUGUCUGAAUAAAGUUAUUCAGUAAAAUGACAAUUGAUGUUAUCCUCUUAAAGAGAUGUAUUUGUUUAAUGUAGUAUAUUUAUAAUCUCUCUCUCUCCUCCCUCCAGCCAUCAUCGGUAACUCCCAGGAGGCCUAUAAGGAUGCGUUUGAGAUCAGUAAGAACGACAUGCAGCCCACCCACCCUAUCCGUCUGGGUCUGGCUCUCAACUUCUCGGUCUUCUAUUACGAGAUCCUCAACUCCCCUGAGCAGGCCUGCAAACUGGCCAAGACGGUAUGUGGCCGGUUGAUGAAGGGUUGACAGUCCUGUAGGGCAGUGAGUCUCAACUGGUGGGUCGCAGGAAGUUUUCAAAGGGUCCUGGGUGUCUGAAGAAGGUGACUGAAGUGACCCCUUGAAAUGUAGGUCCUGCGACAAAACCAGUUGAGAUUCACUGCCGUAGGGCCUUUAUACACGUGCAAAGGAUAUGGGACCGCAUAAGACGGCUUGCUUGGAUAACGUCAUAUCUACUCUGUUUAUUAUCUAUCCUGAUUACCUAGUCACUUUACCCCUACCUACAUGUACAUAUUACCUCCACUAACUGGUACCCCUACACACUGACUCUGUACUGGUACUCCUUGUAUAUAGUCUCAUUACUACCUCAUACCCCUACACGCUGACUCGGUACUGGUACUCCUUGUAUAUAGUCUCAUUACUACCUCAUACCCCUACACGCUGACUCUGUACUGGUACUCCUUGUAUAUAGUCUCAUUACUACCUCAUACCCCUACACACUGACUCUGUACUGGUACUCCUUGUAUAUAGUCUCAUUACUACCUCGUACCCCUACACAGUGACUCUGUACUGGUACUCCUUGUAUAUAGUCUCAUUACUACCUCGUACCCCUACACAGUGACUCGGUACUGGUACUCCUUGUAUAUAGUCUCAUUACUACCUCAUACCCCUCACACUGACUCUGUACUGGUACUCCUUGUAUAUAGUCUCAUUACUACCCUCGUACCCCUACACAGUGACUCUGUACUGUACUCCUUGUAUAUAGUCUCAUUACUACCAUCAUACCCCUUCACACUGACUCGGUUACUGGUACUCCUUGUAUAUAGUCUCAUUACUACCAUCAUACCCCUUCACACUGACUCGUACUGGUACCCUUGUAUAUAGUCUCAUUACUACCUCAUACCCUACACGUGACUCGGUACUGGUACUCCUUGUAUAUAGUCUCAUUACUACCUCAUACCCCCUUCACAUGACUCGUACUGGUACUCCUUGUAUAUAGUCCUCAUUAUUACCUCAUACCCCUACACAGUGACUCGGUACUGGUACUCCUUGUAUAUAGUCUCAUUAUUGUUAUUUUAUUGUGUUAGUAUUUCCUUUUUUAAUUGGCUACUUUUUCUGACUUUUUAACUCUGCAUUGUUGGUUAAGGGCUUGUUAGUCAGCAUUUCACGGUAAAGUCUACACCUGUUUUAUUCGGCGCAUGUGACCGCUGCGGCCGCUGAUUGGCUGAAUACCCAGGGCGUGAUUUGGUUGGUAAUGCUGAACGAUUAUCCAACAUUUCGGUACAUUUUAGGUUUUUAAACAAUUCAUUGACCGACGUAGGUUCAAUUAUUUGACUUCCAUUAAUUAUUUUAUUAUUCUAUGAGCUCAGUGUGCACAGUUUCUCUAGAGAUAUAUCAGAUCCAGCCUGAACUGUGUGAUGUAGUAGGGAGUUGGAGUUUCCAACAGGCCCAAUAUUCUAUAUAGUUUACCGCAUAAAACGUGGUAAUUAACUACAAUGACCAUAAUCCAUUGCGCAUCUAUACUGAACAAAAAUAUAAACGCAACAUGUAAAGUGUUGGUCCCGUGUUUCAAAGAUCACCGAAAUUUCCACACGCACAAAAAGCAUAUUUCUCUCAUUUGGUGCAUAAAUUUGUUUACAUCCCUGUUAGUGAGCAUUUCUCCUUUGCCAAGAUAAUCCAUCCACCUGACAGGUGUGGCAUAUCAAGAAGCUGAUUAAACAGCAUGAUCAUUACACAGGUGCACCUUGUGCUGGGGACAAUAAAAGGCCACUCUAAAAUGUGCAGUUUUGUCACACAACACAAUGCCACAGAUGUCUCAAGAUUUGUGGGAGCAUGCAAUUGGCAUGCUGACUGCAGGAAUGUCCACCAGAGCUGUUCCCAGAGAAUUGAAUGUUCAUUUCUCUACCAUAAGCCGCCUCCAACGUCAUUUAUUAAUUGUUUUAUUCUGUGCUACAUCAUUCUAACCAAAUAAUCAAAACCGAAAUAAAAAAUGUGAUUGAUCUUGUGAUUUUAAACCUAACCAUAACCACACUGGUAACCUUGUGAUUUUAAACCUAACCUUAACCACACUGGUAACCUUCUGAUUUUAAUCCUAACAUUAACCACACUGGUAACCUUGUGAUUUUAAUCCUAACAUUAACCACACUGGUAACCUUAUUUCUAACCUUAAAUUUAGACCAAAAAGCUCAUUUUUGUUUUCAGUAAUUUUUUUACGAUCAAGCCAAUUUUGACUUUGUGGCUGUGGUAACUAGUGGAAACCAGGGAGAACGCAACAAGCAUUCAGAUACAAUAAGUGAAAACAUGAUCUAGCUGGGGAUGGCUAGCUAACAUAAUGUCACAAAGCAUGAUGCGCUAGCCAGGUAACUUUCAUAACUUCAUAUUUCUGAGUUAGUCAGAUAUUAGUUAAGACUUGAAAUUGGCAUGGGAGCUAACCAGCUAGCAAGCUACCAGCUAGCUAUAGCUAACUCGCUGCUUAUCAGAGGUAGAUAACAGGUUAAUUUGAGCAAAACAAUUCACCAACAUUUUUCUUAAUAUUUCUCAAAAUGACUGUAGCUAAGCUAAUUCAUUUGAUGAUGCUUUGUGAUGCACCCAGUUUUCUGCUGUGUUAUUCCACGUCCCCCUGUCACCUGCAGUAGAAUCUGAUGAACAACAUGGGGGAAUGCUUUUUGCCAGAGUUGAGAUGCAAAAGGUUCUAGCUAGUGUGUCCCUGUGUCCGUCGUGUUUUAAUGUCACGUGCACAAGUACAGUGAAAUGCCUUUCUUGCAAGCUCCAAACCCAACAAUGCAGUAAUCAAUAUCAAUGUAGCACAACAAUGUGAUUGGAUGUAACUGUUGUUCUCCUGCAGGCUUUCGAUGAUGCUAUUGCAGAGCUUGAUUCUCUGAGUGAAGACUCGUACAAAGACAGCACCUUGAUCAUGCAGCUGCUGAGAGACAACUUGACAGUAAGUGUCACACUACAUCAUAGUUCCCCUGCUGUCACUGGGUUGAGUUAUGAUGUAGAGAGGUUGGGUCAUGUAUUACAUCAUAGUUCCCUGCUGUCACUGGGUUGAGUUAUGAUGUAGAGAGGUUGGGUCAUGUAUUACAUCAUAGUUCCCUGCUGUCACUGGGUUGAGUUAUGAUGUAGAGAGGUUGGGUCAUGUAUUACAUCAUAGUUCCCCUGCUGUCACUGGGUUGAGUUAUGAUGUAGAGAGGUGGGUCAUGUAUUACAUCAUAGUUCCCUGCUGUCACUGGGUUGAGUUAUGAUGUAGAGAGGUAGGGUCAUGUAUUACAUCAUAGUUCCCCUGCUGUCACUGGUUGAGUUAUGAUGUAGAGAGGUUGGUCAUGUAUACAUCAUAGUCCCUGCGUCACUGGGUUGAGUUAUGAUGUAAGAGGUAGGGUCAUGUAUUACAUCAUAGUUCCUGCUGUCAUGGUUGAGUUAUGAUGCAGAGGUAGGGUCUGUUACACAUAGUUCCCUGCUGUCACUGGUGAGUUAUGAUGUAGAGAGGUAGGUCAUGUAUAAUCACAGUUCCUGCUGUCAGGGUGAGUUAUGAUGUAGAGAGGUAGGGUCAUGUAUUACUCAUAGCUCCCUGCUGUCACUGGGUUGAGUUAUGAUGUAGAGAGGUAGGGUCAUGUAUUACAUCAUAGCUCCCUGCUGUCACUGGGUUGAGUUAUGAUGUAGAGAGGUAGGACAGUCACUGGUGUCUCACUCCUUUGGCACAUAUUCCUGAGACAAAGCAAAAGAAUGUAACCUGUGUUUGACCUGCUAAAUGAAUGUACCCAGUACGAGUUCAGCUCUGCUGACAUGUAAUGUGUAUGUUGUCCUACAGUGUUUGAACAUGUUCUCUCUCAUCUCUGUAGUUGUGGACUUCUGACAACCAGGGAGACGGGGAGGAUGCUGAGGAG